GGUUGAGACAGUCCCUCCAGUGUCAACAAGAGGAAGGGCCGAGGCCGCGCUGAGCUCCGCCCCCUCACACCGCCCCUCUGCUGACCUGCUGACCCUCUGCUGCUGCCCUUCGCCAUGAUUGAGCAGAACCUGGAGAAGAAGCUCGCCGUCACCAGGAAGCUAGAGAAGGAGAUUAGUCAGCUGUCAAAUGUGCGAGAGGUGUUGUCGCGGUCCGGCCAGGUGGCCACCAGUGUUGGAAGCAUUUUGGACUCCUUUGAGCACCGUCUGGCCCGACUAGAGACGACCAUCUUGCCUCUGUACCAGCAGACCGGCAACCUCCAGCGUCGCCAGCUCAAUACAGAGAAGACCUUGCAGGAGUUGGACCAUGUGAUCAGCUUCUACAAUGUGGCGGGCCAGGUGGAGGGUGUGGUGAAGGAGAGGCCCAGCAGUGUGGGUGUGCCCCAGUACCUCCAGGCCAUGGACCGCCUUGCUGAGACCUGCAGAUAUUUUGAGCAGAACAAACCACAGAGUGUAGAAAUUGAAAAUGUGACUUCUCUAUUUGAAGUUGGAACUGAUGCUCUAAGUAAAGAGUUCCGAGAUGAGUUGAAGAAGUACCAGAAGGCCGUGCCACCCAUGGUGACCUUGGAGCUGCUAGAGGAGGAAGAAAUCAAUGAAGAAACCCUGAGUGGAGUGGAGCUUGUUCCCCCGGGGGUGCGAGAAGACCUGAGAGCCAUCGCUGCAUGGCUGGACAAACACAACAACACAGACAGACUCACAGUUUAUGCAAAGUUACGCUCAGAUGCACUUUCUCAAAGUCUAAAGGCUCUGCGGGACUACCAGCGCAGCAGCAGCAUCGAGCGAGGCCAGACCACCGGCUCACUCAACUCUCCUGGGCCGCCUCGUUCAAGACUUGCAAAAAUGGACAGCACCUCAAAAAGCCGAACCCAAAAAAUUUCAAAUAGGGCCAACAGGAUGCUGAAGAAGGCCAUCACCGGCCACGUGUCCUCGCGCAGACCAGGUUCUCCAGGAAAUGCUUCGUACUCCCUGCAUGGCACCCUCACCCCCCCGCAUGGAGCCAUCGUGGGGGGUGUUGGGGAGGAGGGUCUGGAGGACACGGAGGUGGAGCUUUACCUCAACCAGGUCUCUGCCUUGCACUGCCUGGCCUUUGCUGAGUACCUCCUUGCUCAGCAGCUUGUUCCCGACGACAGAGUCACGCGAACCUUUGAGAUGAUUCUGAAGGACCCGAUGGACCAGCUGGUCACCGAGGGAGAGGGUUUGGCUGCCCAGGCCCGGAGGAGUGUGAGCCGCGGGGACUACCAGGCCGUGCUGUCUGUGCUGGCCAUGCUGCGCCACGUCACCAACGUCCAGCCGGAGUAUGACCGCUUGUUGACCAACUGCCAGACGUCCAUUCGGUCCAAGUUUGCGGCAAUCAUCAACAUGCUGCAAGACACGUGUGUGAAGGCUCUGGAGGGCUUCGUGGACAGCGUGAAGAGUGACGGGGAGCGUGCUCUGCCCAAGGACGGGACGGUGCACCAGCUCACCAGUAACGCCCUCAUCUUCACGGAGCAGCUGCUGGACUAUGCCCCAACUCUGGCACCCAUCCUGCAGAGGGACACCACGCUCAUCAACGCUCUGUCCAACCUGCCCAGGAACAUAGACCAGUUCCUCCAGGCUAAGGCUUUGCUGGGGGCCUAUGUCAAGAGAGUCCUGGUUAAUCUGGGCCUGGCCUUAGUGAGCAGGAGUGAGACUUAUAGCGAUACAACCCUGCGAGCAAUAUUCCGCCUCAACAACUACAACUAUAUUCUGAAGACCCUCCUGAGCUCCGAGUUGCUCAACCUGGUGGCCCUCGUUGAGCCUCAGUGUGACAAAAUGUACAACGACCAGAUCAUGGAGCAGAAGCGACUUUAUUCUCAAAGCUGGAGCCGUGUCCUCCACUACCUUGUGAACCACGAAGAUGUCCCUCUGUCCGUCAUUCAGGCUGGGAAGUUGCGGGACAAGGACCGGCAACUCAUCAAGGAGAAGUUUGCCGGGUUCAACAAGGAGAUGGAGGAGAUGUCACGAGUGCAGCGGAGUUACUCCAUUCCUGACCGUGAGCUGCGGGAGAGCCUCAAGAGGGACAACAUGGAGUACAUCCUGCCCAAGUACCAGGCCUUCUAUGACAAGUAUUUCAAAGUUGCCUUCACAAAGAACACGGAAAAGUACAUCAAGUAUUCGCCGGCCGAUGUCUCCAACAUGGUGGACAAGUUCUUUGACGUAGCAGCGUAAGCCACUGCAGGAACGCGCUGGGUUGGUGGUGAAGGCUUUCCUUGUCUUUCACACACACACACACACACACACACACACAAACACUUCCUAUUAGUAUAUAUGUAAAAUCAACACUUUAAAAAAUACAGAGCAUGUUGGACAAGGGACAGAAUAUUUAAACACACACACACACACACACACACACACACACACACACACAAACACAAACAAACACAAACAAGCACACACAAACACUUCCUAUUAGUAUAUAUGUAAAAUCAACACUUUAAAAAAUACAGAGCAUGUUGGACAAGGGACAGAAUAUUUAAACACACACACACACACACGUCAUGCCCUCUGAGCCCAUAAUAUUUUGCUGACAUUGUGCUUUACUUGUUUUUUUUUAUCAUAGAUUUCCAUGAUGUUGUUAUGGUCACAUACUCUUCCAUAUAAAGCUUUUUCCCUUUAUUGUUUGUGCUGCCUCAUCCAGCCAUGGCACUCCCUCACUCCAUGACUUCCAUACCUGUGUAAGACCAUUGCAAGACCUGUACACCCUUCCAGACACACACUCCCAUCAUUGCCUCCUGUUGUUGUUAUUUAUGCCCACAUUCCAAGUGUCUAGCAAAGUUGUUAAGUCUGCUGGGUGAUCCAUGAUUUCAUGUCUACAUUGUCAACAUACACUACCAUAUUUUUUUUCAUGUAUUAAUUAAAAUAUCACUUCAUGCUAAAACUGUUUAGUAUUUUCAGUCAUGAAUUAAAUAUUCAUCUUAAAUAA